UAUGUCGGCACUCUCGUCGAGAUCAAUUCAGAGGACUCCACAGUCUCUUUAGACAAUGUGCGCUCCUUCGGCACUGAAGGUCGCAAAAACGGCAAGGACGAGUACCCGCCGUCAGAUGUCGUCUACGAGCAAAUCGUCUUCCGGGGCAGUGACGUGAAAGAUCUGCGCAUUGAGGAGCCAGCGAAAGAGAAAGCUCCCCCUGCGAUGCCCCAAGAUCCAGCCAUCAUAGGAGUACAACAGUCCCAGCCCCGUCAAGACAGCACUCCACAAGACCAGCAACGGCAGCCACCACCGCCCAAUUUCCCGCAACAUGGCCACUUCCCGCCUGGCGGCUAUCCUCCCUUCGGUGGCCCUGGUGGCCCGGGCCCAUACCCAAACCGCUUCGGCCCACCAGGUCCAUUUCCUGGUGGCCCUGGACCUUUCCCAGGAGGUCCGCCUGGCGCGUUUGGCAUGCCUCCCUUUGGCGCUCCUCCUCCGGGCUGGUUCCCGCCCGGGCAAGGCUUCAAUGGGCCUCCUGGUCCCUUCUCGCCUAACAUGCCGAUUGGCCCACCUGGCCUACAACACCAAGGCCCAAAUCAGGCCCCGCAAGGUCCGAGAGGCCCUGCGCCAUCAGGACCCCCAGCAGCCAAGGAUGACAAGUCUGCUACAUCGCAGCCAAAGGUCGCUGAAGCUGACGGCGCCGCUAAACAAUCAGAGCCGAAGGCGGGCGCGAAGCCAGCUGGAGCAACGUCGACACCUGCUGCCACCGGAAAGCAACCUCCGCCGCCACCAGUUGACUCGAAGCCAGAUGUAGCAUCUGCGCUUGCACCCCCACAGCCGCAGCCUGGUCAGAAGCCUGCUGCAGCAUCAAAAGCACCCAUUGGGCCAAAGGGUGGCCGCAUCGUCCCUGCCGUUCCCAUUGCCAGCCCGAAGGUGACCAAGACCGCACCACAUGCGCAACAAGCUGUAGCACAGGCUCAGCAGCCCGCGGCAUCCGCUGCGCAACAACAAAAUGCGACGCAAUUAGCUACUGCUGCCGUUGCCGAAGCUAUGGCCAAGCUCAACCUUCAGAAUAAGAGCCAAGGUCAGGCCCAGGGGCAGGCACCCGUUUCGGACCCUAUGAACAACUUGGCACAGAAGGUUGAGGGUAUGCGAGAACACCAGAAUCGCCAGCAUCGCCAACGAGGAACUAGUGCUGGUGAGUUCCGCGGUGGUCGAGGCGGAAGAGGUGGAAGAGGCGGUCACCCACCACACCCAAGGAUGGAAGUACCGACAACCGAUUACGACUUUCAGUCAGCGAAUGCCAAGUUCAACAAGCAGGAUCUGGUCAAAGAAGCUAUUGCAGGGGAUGUAGCCGUAGCUCCAACCGAAGAGGCCCAAUCGAACGGCCAGUCAAAUGAGCAUGACGACCAAGACGAGGUUGUCAUCCCUGGCGCCUCUGCAUAUAACAAGGGGUCCAGCUUUUUCGACAACAUCUCAAGCGAGCUCAAGGACCGAGAUGAAGCCGCAAGCAGGCGCGGCCAGGAGUUCCGCACUGAGGAACGUAGGAAGAACAUGGAGACAUUUGGCCAAGGUAGUGUUGAUGGCUACCGCGGUGGCUUCAGAGGUCGCGGCCGUGGUCGUGGACGCGGUCGGGGCUUUGGCUUCCGGGGUCGCGGUGCACCGAGAGGGCGUGGUGGUGCAGAGUUUGGAGCACAGCCUACUACUUAG